GCCGCUGCCCCUCGCCCCCACCCGCCCACCCACCACCCGGGAGCAUGUCCCUGCUGACCAACUACGAGGGCCUUCGGCAGCAGAUCGAGCGGCUGGUGCGGGAGAAUGAAGAGCUCAAGAAGCUGGUGCGGCUCAUCCGGGAGAACCAGGAGCUCCGCUCCACGCUCCGGAGCCAGGGCACCGUGCUCACCUCCGGGGCCGGGGUCGGGUUCAGCAGGCUCAGCGAGGCAGCCGGCCCGGCUCCCCCGGCCUCCGGCCGCAGGAACGUCGAAUUCAGGGACAAAGGCAAUUUCCUGCCGCUGUCGGCUGCUCCUGUGUCGGACCCGGCGGUGGAGAACUCGGCGCUGACCUCGCUUCACCUGCCAGCGUCCAACAGGAGCCACCUGAGCAGUCUGCUGGCCAGCCCCACUGGGACGGACCCCGGACAGGCCCGACUCACCCCCUCCGGGACCCGCAGAGAGUCGAGCCCCGGGGCCGCCGCUGCCGCCUCCCCCAUAGGGAGUGGGGGGCGGACGGGAACAGCUUCGGGCUCCAAGCCAUCCGUGGCCUGGGACACCUCUCUGGAAGCGGAGUCUUUCAACGCCGCCUUCCUGGGCUCCCCAGUCCUGACUUCCACACCUGUUGGUGGCUCUGCCAUCCUGGCUCCCACCCCCGCCCCCAUCUCCGGCUCCCUCUCAGGCCUCCCCUACGCAUCCUUGGAUGGUUCCCGGCCCCAUUCCCAAUCCCAGGCUCAGGCUCCUGCCCAGUCCCAAGGCCAACUCGAAGCCCACAGUGACCUCCAGGGUGCCGCUGCCCCAUCGCAUACGGCGGAUAUCUCACGAAAGAGCUUCCUGGAGAUGGAAAGAAAGAUGGCGCACAGGAGGUCCAGCAAGUUUCAGGAUCCCUCCAAAGACUCAAAGCAGCUGACCUGGGAGCGGCUGGUGGGGGAAAUUGCCUUCCAGCUGGACCGACGCAUCCUCUCCAGCAUCUUCCCCGAGCGGGUGCGGCUCUACGGUUUCACCGUCUCCAACGUCCCUGAGAAGAUCAUCCAGGCCUCCUUGAACCCCGUCACGCGCAAGCUGGACGAGGAGCAGUGCCAGGUUCUGACCCAGCGCUACGUGAGCGUCAUGAACCGGCUGCACGGCCUCGGCUACGACAGCAAGAUGCACCCGGCCCUGACCGAGCAACUGGUCAACACCUACGGCAUCCUGCGGGAGCGGCCCGAGCUGACGGCCUCCGACAGCGGGGCGUACAACAGCAUGGACUUCCUGAAGCGUGUCGUGGUGGAGACGGUCCCUCCCGGCCUGCUGACCGACGCCCUGCUGCUCCUCUCCUGCCUCAGCCAGCUCUCCCAGGACGACGGCAAGCCCAUGUUCAUCUGGUGAUGCGCCCCGACUUCCGGCGUGGUCUCUGAGGACCCUUUUUGAGGCCCCGGGAAGCUAAUCCUCAGCCACUGACCCAUGGGGACCACCGACUAGGCACCGCCCUUGGGGCCCUCCCAACCCACCUGGAGGGGCCAAUAAACGAUCGCUCUCACAGGGCUGGGAGUCCAGGCUCCUGGCUCUUUCCUGGCUCUGCCCUAGUCUUGCAGUGGAUUCAGUCCUCACUGCCAGGUCCAAAACAGCAACCCCCGUCCCAGCCGCCACUUUUUUUUUUUAAAGUCGGAAAAAUCCAUAUCCUACAUUUAAGAGUGACAUCAUUUAUGAGGUCCGCAUAAAUAUCAAGGGGGUGGAGAGGGCCCAAGCAGAGUAACUGGACCGGGCCCGUGCCUAAGCAUCUUUGAUGGACAAUACGAUGGGCAAAGGGGAGCUCAGAACACGGAGAAGAGAAGCUGACGCAAAUGCCCGCUCCGCUCCACCCGCAACCUCCGUCCCACCCUCUGUGCCGCUCCCGGCUGAGCCGUACGUUCAGCAGUAAGAGAGAACGAAAAGCCGACCGCAGGAGGGAGAGUUGCACCUCCCCGUCAGAGAAAGGGUGAGGGGAUCCUAGCUCGCACGGCGGGACAAGAUUGGAUUUUUGCUCCCGUACCACUUAUUUCCUAGAAGAGCUUCUGCAGAGAGAGGUUGGUGUUGGCGCGGCAGUUCCUCAAGAUGGGGCAGGAGCUACCCGGGGUCACAAUAUCCCGAGGAUAUUGCCACACUGCAGGAGAAGGGAGAGGGGACGGCUGGGAGGGUGGAAGGGGCCGUGAGGACUACCUAGGGGAUUGGGGGCAGAUGCCAGGGGCCUGGCAUCCCGGCACUCAACUGGGUUCCAUUCUUCCCAAGCGGCCACUUCAUGCCCCUGGCUUCUCUUUGUGAACUUUCCCCGCAGAAGACUAUAGAAGCUGAAAUAAACCCCCUUCCCCAGACCCCGAGGAUUCUGCUAGGCCUGUGGGAACCAGAGAGCACUCGCCUCCAGCCCAUUUCUUCGCCGCUCCUCCCCCAAUACUCGGUUGUCCUUGGGCCUCAAGGAGAGACAGAGACGUGAAGAGAAAGAUGGAAGGAAACUGGAAGGGGGGAAGGCUGUGGACCAAUAGAACAGUUAAUGCUACACCUCUGAGAAAGGAGUGUGUAUGGGUGUGUGUAUAUGGGAAGAGGGCGAUACCCCCUGCCUUUUCCGCCACCAGAUGGGAAGCUCCCUAUCCUAACCGUGACCCUAUUACAUCAGCAAGUGGUAGAAAUAAAAACAGAAACAGAAACCAGUAA